GCCUCUCCGUUGGUGGUGAUUUACGAUGUGCAAGGCCGUGACGCCCAAGGUGCUCGCGAGGAACAACGACCUGCCGAUCCGCACGGAGCAGCCGAUCCACAGCGGCAAGGUGCGCGCCGUGUACUGGCUCACCGCCGCCGAUAGCGCGCGGCUGAUUGCGGAGCGCAAAUAUGACGUCGCGCCCGAUGCGAGCCUCGCUGUGAUGGUCAUCUCCGACCGGAUCUCUGCGUACGAGAUCAUCUGGAAGGGCGAGGAUGGACUCGACGGCGUGCCCGGCAAGGGCGCCGCGCUCAACGCCAUCUCAAAUCACUGGUUCGACCUCUUCAAGCAGCGCGGCCUCGCCUCCUCACACAUCCUCGAGGUGCCGCACCCGCUGGUGUGGAUUGUGCAGCGCGCGCAGCCGGUGAUGAUUGAGGCCAUCUGCCGCCAGUACAUCACCGGCUCGAUGUGGCGAGACUACGCAAAGGCGGGCAGCCGCACGUUCUGUGGACUCAACUUGCAAGACGGGCUGACUCGCGACCAGAAGCUGCCCGAGCUGCUCGUGACCCCCUCCACCAAGGGCAUCCUCACCGGCAUCCCGGGCGUGCCCGAGCAAGACGACGUCAACGUCUCCCGCGACGACAUCACCGCCCACUUCGCAGAGUUUGGCUUCGCCUCGCCGGCGGACGUCGACGUGUACGAGCGCCUCCUGAAGCAGGGCUUCGAGGCGAUCAGCGAGGCGCUGGCGGGCCUCGACCAAAUCUUUGUCGACACAAAGUUUGAGUUUGGGUACGCGACCAAUGCUAAGGGGGAGAGGCAGCUCAUCUACAUGGACGAGGUCGGCACGCCCGACUCGAGCCGCAUCUGGGAGGGGGGGCCGUACCGCACCGACGGCCGUGUGGUCGAGAAGUCGAAGGAGGAGUUCCGCAAGCUGCUGCAGGGCCACUUCCCUGACCCGGACAUCCUGCUCAACAAGAACCGGAUGGAGGAGAGGCAGGCGCUCGACACGACGCUGCCGUGCGCAUUCCUCGAGGCGGUCUCGAAGACGUACGUUGGCCUGGCGGAGAAGAUCACGGGCAAGCCGCUGCCCGUGUCGGAGGACCCGCGCAGCGAGAUCAUCGCCGUGCUGCGCGACCAGUUUGGCCUCAUCCGGGACUGAGGCGCGUCUACGUGACUUGCCCGCCACCCUCUGCAUUCGGCCCUUCUCGGUCGUCUCGCUCGUCUGUUCUAUCCUUGUACUCGAGUACUGUAGUCCAUCUCUCUCUUUAGCCGGUGUCGCGGUACUCAAUAUAGCAUGUUUCUUGUUGCAGUCUUGUUCGGUUUGGGUAAUGUCCCCACGAUCUCAGCUC